AUUGCAGUAAUGGAAGCAAGUUGAACUUUGUUGGACCUUUGCAUUGUCAGUCAGUACGGGAUCUUUCCUCGAUCGAGUGACUGUCCCUCGAUCGAGGUAAAUCACUCGAUCGAGUGAGUGCGCAACCACCCGAUCGGGAGAGACUUACCUGAAUCAGCAAUAAUAAAUAAUGGAUUUAAAUUGAAUAACACAGAUGUUGGGUCGAAUAUCAAUUUACCAUGAUCACACCGGGGAGAUCUUGUCCUGACUUGUACACACAACCAGAUGCCGAGGAUGACUUGACCAUGACCAAGCAGAAAUUUAUACCAAAUGGCCAUGUUGCAUCAAAACAUGUAGAAUCUAGUGCAAAAAAGAAUAAAGACUUAUCAUUAGAUCUUUCAGAAGUUAGUUUUACACAUCCAACUCCUGGACAGAAAUGUUUCGGUAAAAAAUCGGACGUUGAACGUGUUCUUGAUAGCAGAUGUCCAUGCCUGCAAUCAAAAUGUUUACAUUUAUCGGGUAGUUUGUUAUUGUUUCUGCUGGUUGGAGCAGUGUUAGUAUUCUUCUUCAGACAUUACCUAAAAGACUUCCUUGAAUGGUUAGAGAAUGUGAAUGGUUGGAUUAGUGGGUUGCUUUUCAUCGGCAUGUUUACUAUAGUCUCCUUUCCAAUGACUUGGGGAUAUAUUGUGUUAAAUGUAGCAGCUGGAUAUCUGUAUGGUUUCUUAAUUGGCGUUGUAACUGUUACCGUCUCCGUAGUAGUUGGUGUAGCCUCCUCCCUAAUUAUAUGUAGAAUAUUUAUACGUGAUUUUGUUCAAUCAAAAUUGCAGUCCGAACAUUUGAAAGCUAUCAUUAAAGUGGUGGAGAGUAGACGAGGUUUUAAAGUGGUUGUAUUGACUAGGUUAACACCGAUCCCUUUUGGUUUGCAAAAUGGAUUAUUUGCAAUUACAAACAUGAGUGUAUGUAAAUGCUUGUUAGCUUCCUUUAUUGGUCUUCUUCCAACACAAGCUUUGAAUGCAUAUAUGGGUUCCACCCUUCGAACGAUGGAAGACGUUGUACACCAUAACUCGGCAGGUGGUUACCUCAUUCUAGCUAUACAAGUUGGUAUUAGUGGGUUUCUUAUGUGGUAUGUCAUACGUAGAGCUAGGUACGAACUCAACAAAGCAUGCUUACCUACAACCUAUGAUGGGCUGGGUACAAAGCAAGAUUAUGCCAUGACACCGCAGCCUCUUCAAAGGACUGUUAGUACGAACUUUUUCGGCCAUGUUUAUCAUCCGGUACCUACUUCUAGUGUUGAUGAUGUUUCCAUGGGAGCCGAAGUUUCAAAGAAGCAAGGACAUAAAAGGGCGCACUCGGCCUCUGCCGUGUUGUACGCCAUGGAACACAACAAUGACGACUUAUAGCGUUAGUUAAUUAUCGAUAGACGAUAGUUAAUUAUCAAAUAACCUCUGCGUUGGAGGGAUGCGUAUGGCAAAAGUUCUUCGCCUGUAAACUUCCACUUGCUCUUUGCUCUUGCGCAUUGUGUCCGAUAAAUAACUUAUUUUCGUACGUACGUUGACUCUAGUUCUUAAUCCAUAAAAUAAAUAUUUACAUAAUUUUGGUUGGAAAAUAAAUAUAUAUAUUAUUAUUAUUAUAUAUUAUUCUUAUUUAUUCAUCGAUAAAACAAGACAGACAAUUGAAUUGUUUUUUAGUAGCUUAUAUGCAAUGAUAGGACUCUUAUAAUGACGUUAUAAUAGAAAUGAUAAUUCUUAGGAAAAAGAUAUAUUAUAUUGUCUCUACAGUGAAUUUAUACAUCUCGUUCUUAAGACUAGACGCCUGUGGUGGCUAAUAGUAAUUUUGUGUUAAGAGGGAGAUUAAUAUUUUUUAGAGAUACCUACAGAAUACGUUUAAAGAGAUCUGUUGCCUUAGAGUGCGUACAUUGACUUACGAAUUUCACGACUCGAAUUUCACAAAAUCCAGAAAUUAGUUAGUUAGCUAUAUGAUUACAUAUCAAAAGAUGGAUAACUUUUAUAAAUAAUUAUAAUGUAUAAUGUGUACAGUUUCUUUUAACUAUAUUCGAAUUUUUCCCGA